AAUUACCUGGCGCCAGUGUCUGCCAGCAUCAGCCCCAGUGCCGUCACCAGUGCCAACGGGACCGUGCUGAAGACUACUGGAGCCAGUGCUGGUACGUCCGGGGGCCUCAUGCAGAUACCCACCGGCUUCACCCUCAUGUCAGGUGGUACCAUGGCUCAGCAGGUCCCUGUCCAAGCAAUCCAGGUGCACCAGGCACCGCAGCAAACGUCUCCCUCCAGUGACAGCAGCACUGACCUUACCCAGACCUCUUCCAGCGGAACAGUGACCCUCCCAGCGACCAUCAUGACAUCGUCUGUGCCAACCACGGUGGGCGGCCACAUGAUGUACCCAGGUCCGCACGCGGUGAUGUACGCGCCCACCUCUGGCCUGGCGGAUGGUGGGCUCGCAGUCCUCAACGCUUUCUCGCAGGCGCACUCAGCGAUGCAGGUUUCCCACAGCCAGGUCCAGGAUCAGGGUGGUGUCCCCCAGGUGUUCCUGACAGCCCCAUCAGGCACCGUUCAGAUCCCAGUCUCGGCUGUCCAGCUUCACCAGAUGGCUGUCAUCGGGCAGCAGAGCAGCAGUGGCAGCAGCCUGACGGAGCUGCAGGUGGUCAACUUGGACACCUCGCACAGCGCCAAGAGUGACUGAGAGGCCUCUGCUGCUGGCCUUGUGCCGUCCCUGGCUUGUCGUGCCGGUGCUGGGGCUGGCAGCCAUUCGUUCUCGUACAGACUGCACCAGUUAUUUAUUGUUGCCUUUUCACGUUUCCUUCAUUCCACACAUGCACACACACACGCCACCACCCACCACACACACACACACACACACAGGCAUGCGCGUGGGCUGCAGGACCCGCCUGGGGAGGAGCUGUGCCGGGGCCACGCAGGGCUUUGGGGGCGUCGGGAUGCUGCGAUAGCUGUGCUUGUCUCUCGCCAGCCAAAGAAACUUGUCUCUCGAGGGGAGGGUGCACACCAUGCUGUAAAUAAAUACUGGGGGGCCGUUCCCAGCUGGAGGCCCUGGAUCCUUCUAGGUGCUCCUGGUUGCCUUGGCUGUGGGUGUUUGCUCUGCGUGGGGCCCUGGAGCUGUCCCCCGGAGCCGGAGCGGAGCCGUGCUGGCCUCAGCAAUGUGCCUUUGUGGGGGUGACGGGUCCUGGCCGCGGCAGCUCCCCGCCCCGGGCUCCGCAGGGGAGCGAGUUGGCCAGCUUGGACGUGCAUCUCUGGUUUGGGCCGGGCACGUGGCCCCAUCCUCCUUGUAUGCACUACAGCAAGCCCCUCUGCCCUCAGUGCCUCCUCGUCGGGCUGCCCGGCGGCUCUGCAGCCUGCCCGGCUCUGCCCCCGGCAGCCGAAAUGCUCAGCGGGUGCCUGGGAGCUCAACGAUGCCCCGCAGAGCUCCCGGGGGACUCCGCGGCCAGCCCGGCCCACGCUCCCGUCUCGGCCCCCUUGCACUGCUUGCGGACUCCCAUACGCCCGAGGGGGAUGUGGCCGGAUCUUUCCCGCAUCCCUCUGCAGCUCCAGCCGCUGCUUUCUAAAUUUCUGUGUCUGAUGCAAGGCGGAGAGCAACUCGAGUGUCAAAGGAAGAAGCCCGCGGGGCACUGAGCUGCUGGGCAGGCGGCAGGCUCUUCCCGGAGCCACCAGGGUGACCUGCGGGGCCAUCCGGGGCUGUGGAGGAGCCUCAGCAGGGCCGGGGGAAAAAGGGGCUGGAGCAUGCUUGGUCCUGCUAUGGAGUUGCUGUGAAUGGCUCUGCUACCUAGCCCUGUCCCUGGAGGGAGAGUGAGGCAAGUAAGAAGAAGCUGCUGAAACCCUUAGGGGAAGGAGCAGCUACUGUAAUUUUUUUUAAGUUAAAGACGAAGCCUUGGGGAAAAAAAAGAAAAAAAAAAAAAAAAAAAGAAAAUGACUUUAUUUUUCUAAGUGUUAAACUCAGUAUUUAUGUAAUUCUUUAAGGAAUAAAAGUUUGGCUCCUG